AUUAGGAAGAUUUUAGAAUUUUGUGAUUUGUCAGGGUUGCCUUUGAAUGCUAAGAAGUGUGAAGUCUUUUUUGUGAGUGCUAGUGAAGGUGAAGCGGCUCAUAUGUACUCUGAGAUUUCGUCAUUGUUACCAGGGAUUAAGCGGGUUGAUGAGUCUUCGUUGGAGAUGUUGGGCUCGCCUGUUUUUGAGUUAGGUUUAGAAAGGAUGUUUUCAGCAAAAGUUGAAUCUAUCAAGUUGAUGUGUGAUCGUUUAACUUUGAUGGAUGUUCAUCCUGCUUUGUGUGUUUUUAGGAAGUCUCUCGGUAGUUCUAGGUUUAAUUAUUUGUUGCGUUCUUCGAAGGCGUUUUUGUUAGGUGAUCGCUUGAGAGCUGUUGACGAGAUUUUCCGUUCAACUCUCGAAGCCAUUGCGAAUGUGAAGAUGUCUGAUUUUUCUUGGGACCAGGCUUCUCUUCCUUUAAGCUUUGGAGGUAUAGGUGUUAGGAAAGUUGAGGAUAUUGCGAUGCCAGCUUAUCUGUCGUCUGUUUAUUCUACUUUAGAACUGUCGAGUGAGAUAUUGAGAAAGUUUAGUUUUCAGGUAAUCGAAACUAGUGUUUUGGAAUUAAUUGAGGAAAUACCUCGAGAUUUUGUUCCAGAAGGUGACGAGAAGAAGAAGAAGCAAAAGAAUUGGGAUCUGCCGAUGAUUAAGAGUAAAUUCGAUGAGAUGUUUGACUCCAGCGAACCUGUUGCUCGUGCAAGACUACUUGCAUCAUCAACCAAAGAAUCUUCAAAGUGGUUGCAAGUAGUUCCAUCGAGCCAAUUGGGUUUGCUAUUGGAUAACAACUCUGCUAGAAUUGCUGUUGGUCUUCGUUUAGGUUCUGGUUUAUGCGAGGAACAUAAGUGUGUUUGUGGUGGAAUGGUUCAAAAGGAUGGCUUACACGGCUUAUCAUGCAAAAUGAAAAUUAAAAAAAUUGCUGCGCAUGAUGAAGUCAACAAAGUUUUUUCUCAUGCAUUUUCUUCAGCAGGAUUUCCAACCAUGUUACAACCGCCAGCUUUCGAGACUUUAGGCUGUAUGGGACCUGAAACAAAGAAAUUCAUUGAGAAAUUAGGAAAAAUUAUAAAGGCCACUUCAGGGAACCGCGAUCAUGGAUUAUUUAUU